AUGAGGAAGAUUUUUAUAGCGGUUAUAGUGGUAGUGGCAACGGUUGCGGUAUUGAAUGGAUGCAGUAAAAGUGGCAGUAAUACCAAUUGCAGCUACGAUCCCUGUGCCGCAAAAGCACCGGCCAACGAAAUCACCCAGCUGGAAACCUAUCUCUCCGGCGCAGUACUUCUUCCGGAUUGGCAGAAGGACAAAUAUGAGAUAUUCGAAGCGCUGCAAAGCGCAGAGAGCCAGAUAGUGGCUGCUAUCAAGAAACAGGAAAGCGGUGUACCUGUAAAAGAAAUCAGCCGGGAACUGGGUAUCAACCAGGCAACUUUUUAUAACUGGAAAGCCAAAUAUGGCGGCAUGGAAGUCAGCGAUGUCAAGAAAAUGAAGGACAUGGAAGCUGAACUGAGCCAGCUGGAAGAUAUGCUGCAGGAAAACUACCAGAGCAUCAGCAUGGACAAAAAAUUAAGGGACCUGGUGGAAAUUAUUAAGGCUGAGUUAAUGGAUAAAACACCGAUAAGGUCAAUUAUGAAGAAACCAGCUGCCGUUUUAAAGUAUAAUGAAUCCAUGCAUGAACUGGUCAUAUGA